CAAUUCACAGGCAGAUCAGGUGGAGGCACCGAGCAGGGCUCUCCCCAGUGCAUGGGCAAGGAGCCUCCUUCUGCUCAGACCUUGGACGUGGGGCCGGAGAGGCGACGGCAGCUUCCCCUGCAGCGCGAGGCACCCUGCAGAGUCGGUCAUGGGAAAGCACAACAGCAAGCUGGCCCCUGAGGUGCUGGAGGACCUGGUGAGGUGCACGGAGUUCAGCGAGCAGGAGCUCAAGCAGUGGUACAAGGGCUUCCUCAAGGACUGUCCCAGUGGCAUCCUCAACCUGGAGGAGUUUCAGCAGCUCUACAUCAAGUUUUUCCCUUACGGAGAUGCCUCCAAGUUUGCCCAGCAUGCCUUCCGCACUUUUGACAAGAAUGGCGACGGGACGAUUGAUUUCCGGGAGUUCAUCUGUGCCCUGUCUGUCACCUCCCGGGGAAGCUUUGAGCAGAAACUCAACUGGGCCUUCGAGAUGUACGACCUUGACGGAGACGGGAAGAUAACCCGCCUGGAGAUGCUGGAGAUCAUUGAGGCCAUUUACAAGAUGGUGGGAACCGUCAUCAUGAUGCGGAUGAACCAAGACGGGCUGACACCCCAGCAGCGCGUCGACAAGAUCUUCAAGAAGAUGGACAAGGACAAGGAUGACCAGAUCACCUUGGAGGAGUUCAAGGAGGCGGCCAAGAGCGACCCCUCCAUCGUCCUCCUCCUGCAGUGCGACGUGCAGAAGUAGAGCCCCUCGGGGCCUACCUGGACUGCCCACGGCAUCCCCAUCGCCACCCCCCCACAGCCAUGUCUCUCCCGCCUGCGUCCCAGAGCCGCGCGCUCGCCUCCCCGAGGCACAGGUCUUCCUACCUGCAGCCUUCUGCGCUCCACGCCCCUUGCAGACCACCCGCGACACAUGCCAAGUCACAGCCCUUCGAACGCCUCCUCCCUCGGAAACUCCCCACCGCCGAUCUCCUGUCCCUCGACCCUGCUGGCUCAUCCUGCAGCCCAGCUGCUCUCUCGCCCCUCGGGUUCCCCCAUACCAGCUUGGGUCUCCUCCAGACACAAACCCUCCCACCUCAGCGCCUGAAACUGGACUGUCCGAGGCAGUGUUGACCCUGAAUGGACAACCUCGGGCUUUCCAGCUCCCUGCGACUGAAGGCAAAGACCCCCCCACUUCCCUCUCUCCCCACCUGUUGUCUUGUUCCAUGCGUUUUCAGCCCCAGUUGGCUGCUAA